UUUUCUUCACACUUUAAUGAAGUUGGCCAGGUCACCAAAAAAAGGAAUUAAAGGAGAAUAUAGUGUCACUGAGCUGUGACUGUGUGCACAGGAUGGUCUCGGUCCAGAGCACCAUCAGGAACAUGGCUCCUUGUCUUCCUGCUUUGCCGGGCUUUGGCAGCUCUGGAAAGAGUUUUCUUAUUGACAAUCUGCUGCAAUCACAGGCAUCUUCAACACGUCCAGAAAUGACAGCAGGUGCACGUCUGAAGAUAGAUGCAUGUGAGCGCCCCAGCACCACCUGGGCCCCUGGAGCCUUUCAAAGCCAAGCACAGGGUCUGCAGCAGGUUCGAGACCCAGGACGAACCGUUCUGCCGCACUCAGCAGGUGUGCUGAGCGGCGUUUUCCUGCAGAGUCCACAGUACGUGCUGGCGUGCUGCAGUGGGUCGAGCCCCCCUCCUGUCUUCUCCAAGGGACCAAAUAUUCGAAUGUGGAUGUCUGAUGUUAGUCCUAAAUCACGCAGAGGGAUACUGAGGAGGGCUGUAUUCUCUGAGGAACAACGGAAAGAGCUGGAGAGAACUUUUAGAAGGCAGAAGUACAUCAGCAAGACAGACAGGAACAAACUGGCAGCCAAUCUCAGUCUCAAGGAGUCACAGGUGAAGAUCUGGUUCCAGAACCGCCGAAUGAAGUGGAGAAACUGUAAGGAAAAGGAGGUUCACAGCACUCACUCCCCGAUGGAUGAGCUCAUGGCCUGGGGUCUUGCUCAACAGGACAAUGUACAAAACCACACUGACACAAAAUCAGAUCAAACCUCACAAAAAAUCACCAGAGACACACGAGAGGUCACAAUGAAGAAAGGUGACUCACACAUUCACAAAGUGCCCUCUGCUUUUUAAAAAUUUUAAAACAGACAAGUCAGAGAGUGUCCACAAUAUGGACACUUUGUGAAGUCUAACCUUUACAGUAUGAACUGUUCUGUCACUGCCUGCAACAGUUUUAUUCACAUUAUGUCUGUCAUUAGGUU